AUGUACUCGCAAGUUCGUCGCAGCUCUCCCCCUCCCUCCGCUUAUCCCCCUCCACCUUUGACCUCCGAUGAUUCAUUUCGAAAGUCGUCCACAACACGGAGCCCCAUGGAUUCGAAAUCGCACUACUAUCCAGCUUCAGUCUUGCUCAUGAUCAUUUGGAUCGCUUUCGUUGCGGCCUUGUUGUGGUUGCUCGAAGCGGCAGUAAAGCACGGCCCUGAACACUUCACCCAGCCGUGGUACUAUACCACUCUGCCCAAUAUUCUCCUUACCAUCUUUGCUCAAGGCCACGUUGCGCUCACUGCAAUGCUUCUUGCGCGUGUAUCUGUCUCGGCCCUUCAUUCUCCUCGUACUUCACCAAAGACAUGGGCGGAGGUUUUCUGGAUGUCCGACAAUGCUUGGCAAGGGCCAGUGGGAAUUGUUUCGAGCCUUUUUGAGGCAUGGAGUCUUGGUGUUGGCGUUUCGGUGCAUUAUAUUGUUUGCGCGCUGACAUGCCUUACCGCACUUGUCACCCCCAUUGUCCUUUCACGCGCCUAUCCCAUCGAAAGUAUCACCAUCACCCAAGGAGUCACGAUUAACCCAGCAACUCUUGAUGUAGCUCGAUUUGGCGCUGUUGACGGUUACACACAGAUAGGCACCGGUUCCGGGUCUUGGUCUUCUGCUCUGUCCAUAUCCGAGGUGUACAACUCCAGCGUAUUCCUACCCUCCGAGGCCACCCGUAUCAACGACCCUAAAGACUUUUUCUUUGCUGGCGAUGUUGACACAACCAUCGUCCGACUUCCUGGUCUGCGCCUUUCUGGCCAGUGUGUUUCAAUGGAAAAUCCGGUCCACAACUUCGGCAACGAUUUUUCGGCAUUCUGCAAUGCCCAAGUUCCCAAGAUUCCGUUCAUCUCCUCCCCAAUUAAACUCGCCAACCUGAAUGUUAACCUGACCGUGCAAACAUGCACCAACUCAUCUUGGGAGGUGAUUCUUACUUCUACCAUACCGACAUCGAAAAACGUCGGGUUCAUUUAUCUCCAAUCCACAAAUGGUUCAGCCGUGUCCGCUGGAAAGCAGUUCAGCACUGUUGAAGGCAUGGUUCGAUGUGAAUCCACCUUCUCGACAGGAUGGGCGACGCUUGACGGUCGCAGCCGGACCUAUACCAACUUUGCUGAGACAGUUUUACUGAAUUUCACUGCCUCACAACAAGGCGAGCCGCUCCUCGACCCGAUGUACGCUUUUAUGUACUCCCUCGACAAUGCGCAAAAAACGGCGAAAGUGAAUGAGCCCACAUUCGCUGCUUCGGCCGUCAACGCGCUUGGAUAUUCUCCAUUGGUCUCAGGCGCGCAAGGAUCAUGGUCGCAGCCGACCGUCGAUGAAUUGGCCAAAGGGCUCUGGCGGGGAGUUUCCUAUAUGGUGACAAGCGUUGGCCUACGUUCGCGCUCAACGGCCGUUUCGUAUCCCGCCUCUCAGACCGGCGUCACUGCCGUCUAUAUUCGGGUCCAGCGGUAUUUUAUCGUGUCCUAUGCACUCAUUGUCCUGUGGCUUUUCCUAUUGCUGCUUGUUACGGUGCGGAGUUAUAGGCCAACAGUCGCCGGCAGCUUCGACAGCUACCUCACUGCCAGGCUGAUCGUCGACAGCCCGAAUCUGGCGGAUCGGUCGGUGGAGGACAAGAGCUUUUUGACCGACAAAUUUGGUUUCGUGACGAGGAAUGAGCACGGUCAGGUUGUUGUGGUUGGGGCAUGA